AUUGCGAGACACCCAGAGAUCUCGGGAGUACAUGAAGCCGACUGUUAACUUCAGGCUCUGUUCACCACACAAAGUCGGUUUACGUUAGGUAACGAUGACUACAACGGGGUCCUUGGAUCGAAUGGAGUUGUGUGAAAGCCUCCUGACAUGGAUCCAAACCUUUGGGGUGGAGGCUCCGUGCAAGACAGUAGAAGAUUUGACGAGUGGUAUAGCCAUGGCCCAGGCUCUACAGAAAAUAGACAUAGUGUAUUUUAAUGACGCUUGGAUUAGUAGAAUCAAGCCAGAGGUUGGGGACAACUGGAGGUUAAAGAUCAGCAAUCUAAAGAAAAUUCUGAAAGGCAUCCUAGACUAUAACCAGGAGAUCCUGGGCCAGCACAUUAACGACUUCACACUACCAGAUGUUAACCUUAUCGGAGAACACUCUGACGCAGCAGAACUUGGGAGGAUGCUGCAACUUAUACUGGGCUGUGCUGUCAACUGUGAACAGAAACAAGAGUACAUCCAGACCAUCAUGAUGAUGGAGGAGUCAGUGCAGCAUGUUGUCAUGACAGCCAUCCAAGAGCUGAUGAGUAAAGAGACUCCAGUGACGGGAGGAAACGACUCAUAUGUGGAUCUAGACAGACAGCUGAAGAAGACAGUAGAGGAGCUGAACGAUGCUUUGGCUACUAAGGAAGAGAUCGCCCAAAGGUGUCGUGAGCUUGACAUGCAGGUGGCUGCGCUGCAGGAGGAGAAGAGCAGUUUGCUAGCAGAAAACCAGGUCCUGAUGGAGAGACUUAACCAGUCUGACUCCAUAGAGGACAUAAACAGCCCAGCAGGACGCAGACACCUCCAGCUGCAGACACAACUGGAGCAACUACAGGAAGAGACCUUCAGGUUGGAGGCUUCAAAAGAUGACUACCGGAUCCGUUGUGAAGAGCUUGAAAAGGAGCUCUUGGAUGUGAAGUCGCAGAAUGAAGAGCUCGCGUCACUAGCUGACGAAGCCCAGUCUCUCAAGGAUGAGAUGGAUGUCCUCAGGCAUUCAUCAGACAAAGUGUCAAAGCUGGAGGGAACAGUGGAACACUACAAGAAGAAACUGGAGGAUAUGGGGCUUCUCAGGAGACAGAAUAAGCUAAUGGAGGAGAAGAACACAGUGUUAAUGCAGACCAACGUAGGUUUGGAAGAAGAGCUACGAAAAGCGAAUGCUGCCAAGGGCCAGCUGGAGACGUACAAGAGACAGGUGGUUGAACUUCAGAACAGACUGUCAGAAGAGUCUAAAAAGGCCGACAGGAUGGAGUUUGAGUAUAAACGCGUCAAAGAGAAAGUGGACUCUCUUCAAAAAGAAAAAGAUCGUAUGCGAACAGAGAGAGACUCCCUGAAGGAGACUAUUGAGGAGCUGCAUUGUGUCCAAGCCCAGGAGGGGCAGCUUACAUCAAGCUUGUUCCCGAUGGUCAGCAACGAUGGCACUGAUUCACUGGCUGCUGAGAUCACCACCCCAGAGAUUCGAGAACAUUUGAUUCGUCUCCAGCAUGAAAACAAGAUGCUGAAGCUGGCUCAGGAGGGAUCAGACAAUGAGAAGAUUGCACUGUUGCAGAGUCUACUGGAGGAUGCCAACAGAAGGAAAAAUGAGCUGGAGACGGAGAACAGAUUAAUCAAUCAGCGCCUGAUGGAGGAGCAGAGUCAGGUCGAGGAGCUACAGAAGAAUCUCCAAGAACAGGAUUCCAAAGCAGACGAUUCUUCCAUUCUGAAGAAGAAAUAUGAGGAGCACAUGGAGAAGCUACGAGAGUUGAACAACGAGUUACUGAAGAAAAAUGCCUUCAUCGACGAAAUGGAGCCGAAAUACAACUCCUCCUCCCAACGAGUGGACGAGCUGGAAGAGGCCUUGAAGAAGAAAGAUGAAGACAUGAAACAGAUGGAGGAGAGAUAUAAGAAAUACUUAGAAAAAGCCAAGAGCGUGAUCCGGACCCUGGACCCCAAGCAGAACCAGGGUUCAGGUCCAGAAGUCCAGGCCCUUAAGAACCAGCUGCAGGAGAAGGAGAGGAUGUUGCACUCAUUGGAGAAGGAGAUGGACAAGACAAAAACCCAGAGAGAUUACGAGGAGAAACUGAUUGUGUCAGCCUGGUACAACAUGGGUAUGUCUCUGCAGAAGAAGGCGGCUGAAGACAGACUCGCCAACACCGGUUCUGGUCAGUCCUUCCUGGCCCGGCAGAGACAAGCUACCAGCACACGCCGCUCCUACCCAGGCCACGUCCAGCCAGCUACCGCAAGGUAGAUGGCAACAGGGCAGAAAAUUACAGCGACAAACUACCUUACAGAUCUCCUGAACUUACAUACAGUAGAUGUGCCUUCUUUUGAGGCACACUAUUUUCAUUCAUUUCUAAUGGACUCUCUUGUUUCCCUGUAUUCUGCCUAUUGAUUUUCUGUUUUUUUUCUUCUUGAUCAGAUCCAUGAGGUAGAGAUGCCAGGCAAGACUGCCAAAAUCUCGCACCACUUUUUUUUUUUUUUCUGACUAAGCAUAUUUUACCCUGACUCCUGUGAUGCCAGGCUCCUACUCUUUUCACACCCCAGCAUAUUUAAUAGGGUCUGACUAAUCACCCCCAACACCUUCUCUCAACCACUGACCUUCCUCAACCUGUGCUCUGUGGCAAACCUCUGUCAGGCAGGUCAUUUGGAGUCAAAGGCGGAGAAGAAUCCCAUUUUCCCAACAAGAUACUGUCGUCUUUGUUUAGAGGAACUGCUCUGCCUGUUCAUGCAGUAUUUAUGCACAUCUCUACCUGUCAUAGCAUUUGAGGUUCAUCUUGUUUCUCAACUGGAGUUGACAGAUUUUCUGUCCUGCGUUAUCUGUUUUAACUCUUACGAUGUAGCUUUCAGCAGGCGACGGCAAUUUUCAUUCACGUGUGUCAGUGUUUGAAUUGUAUUUUUCAAAUGGGGAUAAGUUCUGCUUUGUCAUUGUGUUUUGAAUUUAGAUCAAUAUUGAGCAACAGAUACAUUGCAGCAUAGGAAGAUGCAUAGUCAUCACAUGUAAAUGUCCCAUUUGCUUGCUAAAUGGUCUUAAUGAUUUCAAAUAGGACGACAUGAUUUGGAAAAAACAGGUGACUGUUAGCUGGUAACAGUGCAGCAAUAAUUGUGAAUGGUAAAAAAAAAGUACUUCAGCUGUUAAAGCUGUUUCAGAAGGUGCAAUCCACAGCUAGCUAGAUUGUGGCAAAGAUCAAUGUGCUGCUGCAUAACUGUGUAGACUGGUUUUCAUUAUGUUUCUUACGGAGUCAACCAUCACGCAAACUGGGAAUGGCAUCAGUUAACACGGUUUUAGCUUUAUCAGCAUUUACCAGGUUGUCCAAGACAGCACCUUAUGUGCCAUAGUGUUCAAUUUAAAUAUGUGUACCACAGCAUUUGGUUGAUGUAUCCUUGCAACACUGCAGGCUUCCCUGAGAUAGUUGCUGAGGCUGUUUGGUUGCAAAAGGGAUUUGGUUUGUAGAUCUCUCUCAACGCCAAUAAGUCAACAAGGAGCAGUUAGUUAUUCAGUGUGACUUAUUGUCCAUAUCAUAUUAGGAUCAACUGAUCGUUAUCAUAGUGAAUUUUCAAUGUGCGUUAGAAGAUGUUUGAAAUAUUGCCUAUGUCACUUUAAAUAUAAAUCUCGAUGCUUGUUGCAGCUGUUCCUGUCCUCUUUAACUCAUUUACAGCUCCACUCUGUUUACAUUGUCAUUAGAAGCCUUGAAAUUAACCCUGUUUGUUUUCUGUGUACGUGCUCAGAUCGAGGCCAGAGUCUUAUCCUAACAGGCCCUGUCGUCUGACCGUUAUCUCUCUCUUUCCUCCCUCAACAGCAAUGUCACUGCAUGACUGGCACACCAGUGAGCUGGCCAAGCCUUGCGCGGCCUGGGCUAGGCCGAGGCACACGAUGCAUGAACUCCGUGCCUGCCUACUGUUUGCAUGACUUUGCAUUGACCUGCGAAUAACCAGCACACCAGCAGCAGCAGCAGCAGCAGCAUGAGCACUAACAACCUUCUGCAGUGUCAUGCAUUGUAACCUCCAGGCAAGGCCAGAAAUUAAAACUCCUUUCCCUCCCUCCUCCAGCUCCUUUCUCCUCAUGUCCUCUCCGUUCUCCUACUCUCCUUCAUCUCUCCUCACCCUUAUCUCUUCACGGACAUGCCUGCUUGUGCUUUCACACCGCAUCAAGUCUGUCGGAACUCAACUUAUGUUACAAACACCAAGGACAGGGGCAGAAAAUUGCAGCAUAGUCUCUCCAUCAGGCAGUUGAUCUAUUAAUAGGCCUUAGUGUGUAACUUGACGUUGGCUGGCUGCUUUGGGAUACCUCAAUGACAUAUUUCCACAUAUCUGUUACACUUACAUGGUUUGAGGAGAGUCUGAAUCAGUAUGAGAGAAAUAUUUGAGAGGUGUAACCUGCAAAUCAGUCUGCGCAACAACAAAAAAAAAUCCCCCCUUUAAACUUCUAAGUAUUUCCUGCAGUGGUUCUGCCCAGCCUCUCCUCAGCAUGUUGCUAGAUGGCCUCUUAGAAGUGGUUUUACCUCAAGUAUUAGUGAGUACAACAAGGAGAGCUUACGGGGCAUUACUGUGUCGCCCUGUAGGCUUUUGGACAGUUUGCAGUAGGAGCAUAGGAUGGCAAUUUUUUUUUAAUAAACAGCAUUGUUACAGAUAUGCUUUUAUACAGGUUAAAAGCCCUCAUUAAGCCUGCUUGCAGUUUUUCUUAAUGUCAGCAUAGCAUCUAUUUCUCGAUAAAACGCACAUGUAAUACACGUUUAUAUGGUGUUAUGUUAUUUGCCUAUGUAGCAAAUAACCUGUGGUGUAAUUGAGCCAAACACAACGAUGCAUUUUGUCCCACGUUAUACACAUUUUACUGUGAAACAUGAAUUUGAUUGAAUAGUUGCCUGAAACAAAAAAGAAUAAAAAAUGAGGACAUGAAGCUGUACGUUAGCUUGCGCAGGCUAAUGUGCAGUACAUUUUAUUAGCUUAAAGGGCUAACUAUUUUAAAAACCCAUAAAGGGAAAGGAUCCUGUCAGGCAGUUUGUAGAGACCCUGCAUUCCUUUUACAGUGUUACAGUGUUUUGUGAAUGCAGCUUAACCGAACAGUUAUGUGAAAACCACUUUUGGUAUUAAUAGAAGAAGCCCUGCUGACCAAGUUAUAGUAUCAGUAAUAAGGAAACUUAACUUGAUGUUGCUGUAAAUCAUUCUGUGUAGCUUUUUAAAAAAAAAUAAAUGUCUUAUUUAAAAUUUAUUUCAAGAAAACAAAAGUUAUGUCAACAAAAAAGGGUGAGAAAGACUGAAAAUUAAAACCUGGACCUAAGGAUAUGCAUGUUACAGGCAUAAGUGCAUACAUUUUUCAAAUAAGAGAGAUGGUUGAAUCCUCCCAUUUUAGUGCCUUUGUGUAAAAUAUGAUAUUAAUAAGACUGGCUGGUCUUUUUAGGACUGAAGGCAGCAAGGUGUCGCCUUUAAAGACCAGUUUUAUUGUGUUAUUUGAAAAGACAACAACAAAAAAAGUCAAAUUACGUCAGCUUAAUGAGGGCUUUUCUCUGUAUUUUAACCUUAUUUUACUCAUAAAUGUUAUAUUGUGUAACCUUGGUUUAAUUCAUGCCGUGCAUUUUUAUCUAAAUGGCUUAUUUAUUCUUUUGCCGCUUGUACAGCAGUGUUGUUACAUUUUUUUUAUAUUAGUAGUAUUAUUAUAUCACCACUUAUACUGUUACAGUGGAUGUGAAGUUUCCAUACGACAUCAAGAUACUGUUAAAUACUUGUCUUAUGCAACAAAAGGAGGAGAUGGUUUGAGAUGGUGUAGUGUUUGUCUCCAUCUCAUGAAAAUGACGGUGUCAUCUGAGAUCACUGAAAUGGAGAAAACAGUGCGAUUCCAUUUACCUCCAGUCUUUUCAGGAGUUUCAAAAAACUUGUUUGAAACUGAAUGUUUUCUCAUUGACUUAAAAAGCACAUUUUUACACUUUCAAUUCACUGUACUGUAGGUGAAUUUACUGUCACCCUACAAAUGAUCAUAUUUUCCAGUGUUUUAGCGACAGCAACAAAGACGGCGGCCAUGUUUAUGGGAGAAGGCUUAUUAGCUGUUGGGCAUUUGUAACUGCAACGUUAGCUCAGAUGUUUGGUUUACUUAUCUUGAUUAAAAAAUUCCACAUUUUGGCCUCCAAUAAAUUAGUUUCCCAGAAGUGAGAGGUGAAAUAACAUUUGCAGUAUGCAGCUGCUAAGUCAAUACGUGAUGUUUUGUCCAGUUCUCGACUCGUUUAUGUCCAAAGCUGUGUUUCGUAAACCACUUGCCAUUAACAUCUAGCUGUAAGUUAUAUUACACAGAGCUCUUUUAACCGUCCAUCCCCAGGAGUCAUUGGUUUGGUAAGAAAUCUGUAUAUAAUGGAACACAUCCACCCUGUGGUCGACCUGUUUAAAUUUAUAUCAGGGAUGUUGGGGAAACAUUUUCUGUUAUUUAAUAUCUCCCUAAGAGAAAGCAUAUUUCACUUUCCCCUUUAACCCCCCAUCAAGCCAGCCACUGUAUUUUGAUGCCUAUAUGUGUCUGUGUAUAUACUUAAUAUUACUGGCAUAUGAUGAGAUGCUGGGGGGAAAAUAUCUCAGUAAAAUAAACUUCAGAAGCCAGCUAGUUUGGGCCAUUUUCAGACCAUAUUAAUGUCAAUCUCUUAUAAAGAAGGAAAGGUAACAUCUCAAUGUACUGUUUAAGCUAUAACCCCAAAUCUUACUUUGAUAUUCAUGUUUGAGAACAAAAUCCUGAACAAAGAGUGCAGUUAUCUUUACAAAACCCGGUCAUAAUGUGGUGUAUUACUUACAUGCCUAAGCUAAAUGAGUACCCAGUGUUCCCCAGUGUUACUUGACUGCUAAUUGCACCGUCAAAAAGUGUAUUAGAGAAAUGAAACAAACAACACCAGGCUGUUCACAGGUCAGAAUCCUCUCACUAUGCGUGCAGUGUUUGCUGUAUUUUUUUACUCAUUGGAAAACUUUUCUUUACAUAUUGAAGUAGCAAAUAACCUUCCAUUUGCCAAGUUUUAUAUUGCUUGUAUACAAACACACUAUGUACAUACUAAAUGUGACAGUGGUAGAGGAGGUGUCGGGCCAUUUGAGCAAUGAGAAAAUGAAAACUCAUGUCAAGUUUGAUGGAUUUCAUAUAGCAUCUGUCCGACGAGGACCUAUUGAUGAAAAUGUGCUUCCUACACUGCAAAACUUGGAAAUGACAUUGUAAAUAAAGCUUGUAUAAAACAG